CCAUAUAGAUACUCGUAUAAAGCGCAGCUGCAACUGAGUUCAAGUCUCAGUAAUCGAAUAAAAAUGCAGCCGUAUAUUUUAUUUAUGCUGCUUGUUGGCAUCUCCAUCACCAGUUCCUGUGGCAUUCCAAAUCCUGAGCAAACAAAGACUUUCAAUGGAAACGAAGGCCAGAAAAAAGUACCAGAAGUCGCUGCUGUUAAUGCUGGAAUAUUGGAACACAAAUCCCAAUUGAAUGCAGUAUCUUCCACAACACAAAGUACAACCAUUCCCACAGUGGAUAUUGUACCUGAAAGGAUUGUGCCUCUACCAACGCGCUCACCAACUGUUACAACUUCUAAUAAGGAGAAAAGGGUACCAGAAGUCUCUACAGAGGAUGCAGUUCUGGAACAUAAAUCCGCACAGGAAGAUAUCCAACUCUUCCGAAUGGAACCACAAAGUACAACCAUUCCUACAGUAGAGAAGUCUGUACCUUUGCCCACUCUUUGUGCAAAUCCUGAGCUUAUAAUAAUGCCCUCCUCCAUGGUAAAUACUGAGCAAAUGAAGACUCCCAAUGGAGACAAUCCAAAGCCAAAGUUAACAGAAGUCGCGCUAGAGAAUCCCACUCAUUUUGCAGUUCCAGAGAAGGACAAGGACAUCCCAGAUGUUGUGCGUAAUCAUUCGAUCGAGUGUGAGCCACAGCCAUACAGUAUUGGAACUCGUUUGAGUGCUCAGCUUUUAAAAAUACUCACAAGAUUGGGCUAAGAAAACGAAAUGUAAAUUCGAUUUAAAAUAAAACUAAAUUGAUUUUCCAACGUAA